UCGGAGCCCCUCUGAGCCUCAGAACCGGGCAGACUUCGAAUCUGUACCUUGGAAUCGGACUGGACGUAGAAAAGACUCUCGGCAGGGUCAGUCUUCCUAGGGCUCUGUACGAACGUGCUGUGGAAUCUGCAGCGGGGAAUUCAGGAGCGCAGGGGAGCCGGCAGCUUGGAAGGUCCUGCCGCGGUGCGUGGCGGGCUUCCACCCGCUGCUCCGAAUACAAACGGUCGGCGGGAGAAGCGCGCCCCGGCAUCGGCGUCGGGCCGCAGGGAGUCGUUGCUGGAGGCUGGGCUCCCGGGGCUCUCGGAUUGCACAUGCUACCACCUCCUCUGCCCCUUGUGCGGGGCCGGAGGCCUUUGGAGCCCGUUCUUUGCUCGGCCGCUGCUAGAUCCCAGCUGUACUUGUAUCUUACUCUUCUUCAAAAUAUUUAUUCUGCUGGUACUGAAGAGGAUGUGUUCCAGGGACAUACUUUGUUGUCAGAAAUUCCGUUACCAAAGUGACUUCAUUUUAGAGGAGCUUCAUUCCCAGAGGAUUCAGUACUCAAGUUUGGUAAAGGGAGACACAGCAGCCUCUCUGCCCAUCAUCAGCUAUUCCCUUACCUCAUAUUCACCUUAUGUAGCAGAACUUCUGGUGGACUCCAAUGUAGAGCUCAUAGCAAAGAAUGACUUACGCUUCAUAGAUACCGUCUACAAGCUUCUUCGUAAUCAAUUUAAUUAUAAACCAAUCUUGACGAAAAAGCAGUUUCUCCAGUGUGGAUUUGCAGAAUGGAAAAUCCAAAUUAUAUGUGAUAUUUUGAAUUGUGUGAUGAAAAAGCACAAGGAGUUGAGUGGUCUUGAGAAGACUCCAUCACAACAAAGGAAAAAAAUCAGUUCUGCUAAGUCAGAACCUUGUUCAAGCGCUGAGAAGACAUCAGCUGAACCUGUGGGCAUUGACGUCACUGGCAGGUUUAUGACUUCAGGAAAGAAGAAAGCUGUGGUGAUCCGGCAUCUGUACAAUGAAGAUGGUGCUAACAUUCCUGAAGAUACAGUAACAGAUGUUAAUGAAGCAUUUGAUAUUUGUGACUUAAAGGCUGCUGAAAUAAAGAUUCCUGAAUUACAGGUUACUGAAAUUAAGUGUGAGCAGCAAGAUACAGAAGUCAAUCCUGAGAUUAUUGCACUACAGACUGUGCUUGCUGAAUGCCAAGAAAAGCUGAAGAAACUGACUUGCAUAGAAAGUAGAUUAGAAUCUUUGGAAGAAAAAAUGAAAGGGAAAGUGAUGGUGAAUGAAAAAACCUGGGCUGAUCUUCUAAGUCGUGUCACUCUUCUUGAAACAGAAAUGCUUUUAUCUAAAAAGAAUGAUGAAUAUAUAGAGUUUAAUGAGAUGAGUGAAGACUGUGCUUCUAGUAGCGACAUGGAUAGUCUCAGUCCGGGAAACAACAAUCCAGAAAAUGGAAAGGAUGAAAAAAAUGUAAGUAACAGAAAGGGGCACCAGAAGUUCAUUUCUCUAUAGGGAAUCGUGUUGGAUUACAAUAUAUAAAGAACGUGCAUGUGUGUUUCAAACCUUGAAGGCCUCUCAAUCAGGUGUGGAAUUUCCUUCAGGACUCCAGUGGAUAAUAAAUCCACCUCCAGUUAUGUGUUUGUGAGACGAGUCACUGUUUUUGUUUCCAGCAAGUGAUGUAAAACAUUGUUAAUGGAAUUAAUUGCAGAUUAAAGAGUGCAGUGAUAUUUUUGGUUGAUAGUUAAUCAAGAAGUUAUCUAUUUUUGAUAACUACUUUAUCAAAAUAUUAAAUUGUGUAUGUAGAUGGAUGGUUUGGAGACAUUUUAAGUAUUGUGAAAGUAUUGCUAGUCCUUUUCAGAAAAUUGUUGGUAUGGUAGUACUAAAUAUGAUACUUUUAUCUAGUACAAAUAUGAAAUUACAUGAUUUUUUUAAAGAACAGUUGAAAGAAAAUGUGAAAUGAAAUUGUGUAAGAUUAUCAUGCAGCCUGCUACUUUAAAAGACUAUAAUUUUUUUUUUUUUGGAAAUUUGAGAUGUGCUGAAAUAACUUAUGCUUCAAGAAUUAAAGACGCAUAAUUGACUCUAGUUGUUUUUCCUCCCCUUCUGGCCAUAGUAUACUUAUUAACAGUAACUACCUAUAAAUAAGCAGUGAAAUUUAUUUAAGGCUCAAAAGCAUAACUGCAGCAACCUAAUUCCUAUGCGUCACUAUGAAUUUGUUAUUUACUUAAUAUAUUAUUUACGUAUUAUAUUCCAGGUUUGAAGAAACUGCAGAGUUACUGAAAUGUCCAAAUCACUAAUUAUAGAAUUUUCUGCAUGAACUUCUCUAGGAUUUUGGCUCCUGUACAUGUUGUAUAUCUUAAAGAGUUCUCUCUGCAAUUUUAGUAUACUGUAAUAUUUUUAUUAGAGUUUGAAUUCCAUUUGGUAUAUUAGCUUUUUCAUUCAGUGUUGAAUAAAUACGUAAAUAUUUUUGUGCUGUGAUUGUACCGCUUUACUCUUUUCCUGUUCUUAGGAAAACUUAGGUGCCAGUACAUUUCUUUUGCAGCGUGAAGUCAUUCCAGCACUGUAUUUUUGUGUUGACAUUUUUUGGCAGCGUACUAAGUAGUUUUUUAAAGUACAGGCUUGAGGACCGUGGUUUACAUCCGGUUGGAAACACUCCACCUGGGACUUGCAUAUUGUCCCCAGGAGGCUCUCGUACAUACCAUCUUGCCAUCUGUACUGACGAAUAUCUUGCAGUGAAAAGUUAAAUAUGCUCAUUGAGACUGAAAUACAGCGAAAAUACAGCUAUUUCACGCUCAGUCAAAAGGCAGCAACACGUUUGCAGUUAACGUUGAGGAAGUUAGGGCGUGGUUCUCCUUUUGUAUUUGAAAGCAGGCUGGACAGUGGUGAAAAUGGGCCGAGUAUUUUAGUGCUCUACUCCGUAACACAUUUGAAGAGCAGCAGCUCAGACCCAGAUGGUGGCCAUUCCUGUGUUACAAGAUACACCGUGAGGGUUUUUUUGUUUCUUGUUUUUUUAAAUGAUGGGAAGUUAUAUGUCUUUCUAGAGAGAGAAAGAAGUCUUAGAGGAAGUUACAUUAAGAGAAAAAUGAAAUUCAUUUUAAAAUACUAGAUAAAUUCUUUUAUUUAUUCCUAUGUUUAUAUAAAUGUAAUUUGAUAUUUGUCAAUUAUGAAACAUUAAUAGUAAGUUAAAAUUCUAAGUAGAGAUAACUUUUAAGAAGGCAUUUUUAAUAUUCUACUACAGGUACAUGUGUAGUCGUCAUACUUUAAAAUUAUGAACUUUUGAAGUUAGCAUACAGCUUUGAAUUUAGUAGUUUCAGUAAACAUUUCUAGAAUUAAUGAAUCCAAUUAGCUUUAUUUUUCCAAUUGUAAAAAAUUAUAAAUCAAGAGAUUACAAAAGAAACUACUUUGUCAAUUAAACUUCUAAAACUUCAGCAUCAGCAUGGAGUUGUAGCACCACCUUGUGGUUUACAUGCCAGUAUUUUACCUUUUAUUAAGAUGUGAUUUCCCGUAAAACAUAGGAUCAUAUUUUCCCUUUUGAAAAACUCAAUUCCAAUUUUAAAAAGAAGUGGUUUUGAAAUUUUCUUUUUUGUACAAGAGAGAAGAAAAGAUCAUCUUCUUUUCUCACGGUCUCUUUUUCCCCUCCCUCUCCUUUUUCCUUUAUGUUAGUGUACAUAUAUACCAAUUAGAUGAUUUUAAACAUUUUAAAUUUCCUGAUAUACAUUAAGUGUGCCAAGUAUAAGUUUCUAUUGAAAAUACAGUAAAAGAUGUCUUAUAUUAUCUAGUGGAAAUUUGGAAUCCAAAUUUUUUUCAUACUUUUAUCUAACAACUUAAACAGGAACUAAUGACAUCAACACAUAACACCACCAGACAUUUAUACUUACAAAGAAUCUCACUGUACUACUUUGACAACAUAAUCUUUGGGGAAAAAGAAAGCAAAUUUGACUUCACUGAAGUUGUUGAAGAGAGAGCAAUUAUUUAUUAUUCUAACUCUCUUAGAAAUAGUAGAAAAAAUUAUCCCUCUUAGGUAAUUAGUAGUUGGUAACCACAGACCAGCCCCUUUUGAUUAACUUGAAGGUCUUGAGAAAGUAAGGGAGGGGGGUCCUGGAGAGAUUUGGAGCUACAUAAUUAAACCCGUAGUUAACUGGAAUUUUCACUAACUCCAUCCCCUUAAUUCUCCCAUAAGUGGGAUGAAAGGUAAUGUAUUAUACUGCCCACAAAGGCGUCAGCAGCUGGUGCGGCCCUACUUGUACUGUGCGCUGUGAAUACAACUGCACAGAGGUCAAAUAGAAACACUAAGAAUGCGUAAGGUGAAGUAAGAAGAAGUAAAGUCAACUGUAUGAAAAUUCUAGGCAAAGCCAAGGACUAUUAAGUUGGAAAAAGUAGUUCUAUAUUUGUUUGUUUGUUUUACUUUAACGCUUUGUAAUGUAAUGUUUUAACA